AUGCCUACCAUUGAGGAGCUCGACAGCACAGUCCGGGCCUUUUACGAAGGUCGCGGCGAGCAGCAAAAAGCAGCUCAGGCAGCCUUGAACCAGUUUAAGGAGGAUCCUGAUGCUUGGCUUAUGGUCGACAAGAUUCUAUCUGACGCGCAGUAUCCCCAAACGAAGUAUUUGGGCUUACAAGUUCUCGACAAUGUCAUCAUGACAAGAUGGAAGGUUUUGCCUCGAGAGCAGUGCCAAGGUAUCCGAAACUUCAUCGUCCAGUUCAUUAUCCAGUGCUCCAACAGCGAAGACACUCUACGGGCCCAAAAGACGCUCCUCAACAAGCUUAACCUCGUGCUUGUCUCCAUCCUCAAGCAAGAAUGGCCACACAACUGGCCCACGUUUAUCAACGAAAUCAUUUCUUCUUGCCACUCCAGCCUUUCGAUCUGCGAGAACAACAUGAUCAUCCUUCGCUUGCUGUCCGAAGAGGUGUUCGACUACUCAGCAGAGCAGAUGACAUCCACCAAGACGAGGAACCUCAAGCAGACCAUGUGUGCUGAGUUCUCGCAAAUUUUCACGCUCUGCCAGGAAGUUCUCAACUCAGCCAACCAGCCGAGUCUUAUCAAGGCCACACUCGAGACGCUGCUCCGUUUCUGCAACUGGAUUCCGCUCGGCUACAUCUUCGAGACCCCACUUAUCGAGACUUUGCGAACCCGGUUCCUGUCAGUGCCAGAAUUCCGAAACGUCACGCUUCAGUGCCUGACGGAGAUUGGUGGUCUUCAGACGGGCGGCCCUGGACAGCCCAACUCGUACGAUGAGCAGCUGGUCAAAAUGUUCACCGAGGUUCUCACUACGAUUGCUGAUAUUAUCCCUGUCUCGCUCGACCUCAAGGCGACAUACCCGAGUAGCAACUCCAAGGAUCAAGAAUUUGUUCAGAAUCUUGCCUUAUUUCUGUGCAACUUUUUUGGCAUGCAUCUUAAUCUCAUUGAAAACCUACCCAAUAGAGAUUAUCUCAUCCACGGCCACUAUUACCUCGUUAGAAUAUCGCAAAUCGACGACCGAGAAGUCUUCAAGAUCUGUCUCGACUAUUGGCUAAAACUUGUCCAAGAACUCUACGAGGAGAUGCAGCAGCUCCCCAUUACUGACCUCAACCCUCUGCUUGCUGUUGGAGGCGGCAUGUCCGGAAGCGGUGCUCCUAAUCCGACCCUCUUGAUGAACUACCCUCUCCGAAAGCACAAGUACAACGAAGUUCUUUCCAACCUGCGAGUCGUCAUGAUCGAGAAGAUGGUUCGUCCAGAGGAAGUCUUGAUUGUGGAGAACGACGAGGGAGAAAUUGUCCGCGAGUUCGUCAAGGAGGGUGAUACUGUCCAGCUCUACAAGACUAUUCGAGAAUGCUUGGUCUACCUUACACACUUGGAUGUGGUCGAUACUGAGAACAUCAUGACGGAGAAGCUGGCUCGGCAAGUGGAUGGCUCUGAGUGGUCGUGGCACAACUGCAACGUCCUUUGCUGGGCCAUCGGCUCCAUCUCCCUCGCCAUGAACGAGGAAACCGAGAAGCGAUUCCUUGUCACAGUCAUUAAAGACCUUUUGGGACUUACCGAAAUGAAGCGAGGCAAGGAUAAUAAGGCCGUUGUCGCCAGUAACAUCAUGUACAUUGUUGGACAGUAUCCUCGCUUCCUCAAAGCUCACUGGAAGUUCCUUAAGACGGUUGUUAACAAGCUGUUCGAGUUCAUGCACGAGUCACACGAAGGUGUUCAGGACAUGGCUUGUGAUACAUUCAUUAAGAUUGCGAGACAAUGCCGACGUCACUUUGUCGCCCUCCAGCCCAGUGAGACAGAGCCUUUCAUCGAAGAGAUUGUGCGAAACAUGGGCAAGAUUACUUGUGAUCUCACUCCCCAGCAAGUUCACACCUUCUACGAGGCCUGCGGCUACAUGGUCGCUGCCCAGGGCAACAAAAACCAACAAGAAAGGCUGCUCGCCGAGCUGAUGAACAUCCCUAACGCCGCUUGGGACGAGAUUAUCAAGCAGGCGAACAUGAACUCCUCAAUCUUGCAAGAUGCGGAGACGAUCAAGGUUAUUGGAAACAUUAUGAAGACCAACGUUUCUGCUUGCUCUUCCACUGGUUCCUACUUUUACCCGCAAAUUGGCCGGAUUUAUCACGACAUGCUGCAGAUGUAUCGAGCCACGAGUUCGCUCAUCUCCGAGGCCGUGGCACGAGAUGGUGAUCUGGCUACCAAGAUGCCCAAGGUUCGCGGCUUGCGCACCAUCAAGAAGGAGAUUCUCAAGUUGAUUGAGACCUAUGUUGACAAGGCCGAAGACUUGCAGGCCGUCAGAGCUCAGAUGGUCCCGCCAUUGUUGGAUUCGGUUCUUGUUGACUACAACCGAAAUGUUCCAGGAGCCCGUGAUGCCGAAGUCCUCAAGGCCAUGUCAACUAUUAUCACAAAGCUUGCUGCAUUGAUGGAAGAUCAAGUUCCAACGAUCAUGGAAAAUGUCUUUGAGUGCACUCUGGAGAUGAUCAACAAGGACUUUUCAGAAUUCCCCGAGCACCGAGUCGAAUUCUUUAACCUGUUGCGAGCCAUCAACCUGCACUGUUUCCCAGCUCUGCUCAAACUCGACAACAACCAGUUCAAGUUUGUUAUCGACUCGUGCUCCUGGGCAUUCAAGCAUGACAACAGAGAUGUUGAAGCUGCAGGCCUUAACAUGUGCCUGGAGCUGAUUAACAACAUCGCCGAGAAGACAGAUAUUGGCACCGCCAACGCCUUCUUCCAGCGUUUCUUUGUCACUAUUCUGCAGGAUGUGCUCUUUGUCGUGACAGACAGCGACCACAAGGCAGGAUUCAAGACUCAAUCCAUGCUGUUGAUGAAGCUAUUUUAUUUCAUCCACCCAGCCGAUGGCACGCAGCCCAAGAUCCAGGGACCCAUCUAUACACCUGAUCAGGCUCAGGCUGGAACCAGCAACCGAGAGUAUCUUGCCGCCUCUGUGGCCACUCUAUUGCAGAAUGCUUUCCCCAAUCUUCAAACAGCUCAAGUGGCCAGCUUCGUCGAGGGACUCUUCACACUGAACACGCAGUAUGACAAGUUCCGCCUCAACCUGCGAGACUUUUUGAUUUCCUUGAAGGAAUUUGCCGGUGACAACGCUGAGCUGUUCAUCGUCGAAAAGGAACAGCAGGAGCGCGAUGCCCGAGCUGCAGACAUGGAGAGGCGACAAAAGGUUGGCGGUCUUCUCAAGCCAUCCGAUCUGGACGACGAAGAGCUCUGACUUCCGCAAGAACUCCGAGCGGAAGUUGCGCCGAAGCGGGAUGCUGAAGACUUGCCGGGCAUGAAGAAGGCCGAGGCACAGUACGGAGCUCUAGACGGCUGGGAGCUCUACGGACUGUGAUUCUGGCUCCCUGUCUGGGUGCUCCGGGUUUCGGCCAAGACUUCAUUUGGCAGUGUGGACGUUUGGCUCCCAUUUUCUUUUUGUAGUGAUACCAAACCAUAGAGCCACGUGGUCUCGAUUUAUGGCUUGACAUUUUUUCAUCCAGCACCAAGGUAAGAUGCCAGACUCUUUUUCGCCAUCAUCUCUCACCACCAUUCGAGGUUUUGUCUGGCAGUUGAAAAAAAAAAAAAUUGCGUGUCAAGCAUGGAAGGGCUGGUUAUGUAGAAAAUUGGGGGAUUUCUUGGUAGCAAGGUGGUUCAAGGAAAAAAGGUGCUGCGAAGAGAGACAGAGACAGAGACAGAGAGAGGAGAGAGAUGUCAAUGACAAUACGAUUACUUUAUG